CGUUCAUUUCAAAAUCUUAUAGUUACGAGAACUCGGGUUGGCUUCAAUACACCCCACGAGAUGCUGUUUACAGAGCUGACCUCCUAAAACCUGAUUGGCUGAAUAAAAGCUAGGGUAUGUCUAGGUACCAGACGUGAGAGCGGGGAGAUGUCCUGUAUGUACAUGGCUCGUGAAAGGGCGGGAGGCAACACUCCUCCACUCCCCCAGACAUGCAACAUCAAAUGCAAUUGGUCUCCAAGACCGAUGAUCCCCUUACCCCACAUGUAAGCUGUGCAUUUCAUCAUCCAGGCCGUGGAUGAGAGCCCCUGCUCAACAAGCUCAAGUUCCCGCUAUAUAACACGGGGUUUCCUCCAAAUAUCAGACCACUCGAGUCGAGAGUUUGAGACCUCGAUCGAUCCCUCUUACGAUCCAAACAUCCAGAGUCCUGAACUGCUGCAGCAGCUAUGGCCCCCGAACCAUACAAGAUCUCCGUCCCCCAGGCACAAGUGGACAGCCUGAAGACCAAACUAUCCCAGGCCCAAUUUCCAGACGAACUCGAGGGCGCGCAGUGGGAUCUGGGAGUCCCGCUUGCGGAUGUGAAGAGGCUGACCAAAACAUGGGAGGACUGGGACUGGCGGCAAACCGAGGAUAAGCUGAACCAGCUCCCGCAGUACCAUACCGCUGUGCAAGUUGACGGGUUCGACCAGCUGGACAUCCAUUUCGUAUGGCAGAAGAGCGAGGUAGAGAAUGCCAUCCCGCUGCUCUUUGUCCAUGGCUGGCCCGGCUCCUUCAUCGAAGUCAUGCAUAUCCUCCCUCUGCUGGCCGCGCCCGGCGGGCCCGCCUUCCACAUCGUGGCGCCCUCGCUGCCCAACUACGGCUUCAGCAGCGGCGUCAAGAAGCGCGGGUUCGCCGCCGCGCAGUACGCCGAGACAUGUCACAAACUCAUGCUCCAGCUGGGGUACGACCAGUACGUGACGCAGGGCGGCGACUGGGGGUUCUUCAUCACGAGAGCCAUCGGGCUGCUAUACCCGCAGCACUGCAAAGCCUCCCACAUCAACAUGAUCGGGGCCUCCCCGCCGCGCUUCUCCAAGCACCCGCUGCUGGCAGUCCAGCACGCGCUGACGCCCUACUCGGCGCAGGACAAAGCCGGCUUCCAGCGCACCGGCUGGUUCACCGCCGAGGGAAGCGGCUAUUUCAUGGUGCAGGCGACGAAGCCGCAGACGCUGGCCUACGCCUUGACCGACUCGCCCGUCGCCCUCCUGGCCUGGAUCUACGAGAAGCUGCACGAUUGGACCGACGCGUAUCCGUGGACCGACGACGAGAUCCUCACCUGGGUCAGCAUCUACCAGUUCAGCCGUGCGGGGCCGGGUGCCGCCCACCGUAUCUACUACGAGAUCCAGCACACGAAGCCCGGCCCCGGGGCCGUGACAAGACAGCGUAUAAUAGAGUAUAUCGGCGGCGUGAAGUUGGGGCUCGCAUAUAACCCGAAAGAACUAAGCGUCCUCCCCAAGACCUGGGCCCGAACGCUCGGCGACGUGGUCUUUGAAUCAGACAACGCUACCGGGGGGCAUUUCUACGCAACUGAGCGGCCAGAGUGGCUUGCGCGAGACCUGAGGACCAUGUUUGGAAAAGGGGGCGGAGCAUACCGCGUCAUCAAGGGCAAAAGCGGAUAUCCUGAUGACCGAGCGAGAUUGUGA